AUGAAGCUGUACUGUUUGUCCGGUCACCCAACGCUGCCUUGCAAUGUUCUCAAAUUCAAAUCCACCACCAUAAUGCUGGACUGUGGACUGGACACCACGUCUGUCCUCAACUUUCUGCCUCUUCCUCUGGUGCACAGUCCGAGACUCUCCAAGCUGCCUGGCUGGGUCUUAAAGGAUGGGACCUUAAACCUGGAAAAGGAACUGAAGGAAUGCGCCGGCAGAGUGUUUGUAGACUCCCAGCCCGAGUUCUGUCUCCCUGAGAGAGAACUGCUGGAUCUCUCCACCAUCGACGUCAUCCUCAUCUCCAACUACCACUGUAUGAUGGCCUUGCCCUACAUCACCGAACACACCGGAUUCACAGGGACGGUGUACGCCACAGAGCCCACCCUGCAGAUAGGAAGGUUGCUGAUGGAGGAACUGGUGAACUUCAUGGAGAGGGUUCCCAAAGCUCAGUCUGCCACCUGCUGGAAGAACAAGGAAAUUCAGAGGAUGCUUCCUGGGCCACUGAAGGACGCGGUGGACGUGUGGACGUGGAAACGGUGCUACAGCAUGCAGGAGGUCAACUCGGCGCUCAGCAAAGUGCAGCUCGUCGGCUAUUCCCAGAAAGUGGAGUUGUUUGGAGCCGUGCAGGUCUCCCCCUUGAGCUCCGGCUACUCACUGGGCAGCUCCAACUGGAUCAUCCAGUCGCAUCACGAGAAGGUGUCCUACGUGUCGGGUUCUUCCCUCCUCACCACACACCCGCAGCCGAUGGACCAGAGCUCCCUGAAGAACAGCGACGUUCUGAUUCUGACGGGCCUCACGCAGAUGCCCACCGCCAACCCAGACGGCAUGCUGGGAGAAUUCUGCAGCAAUCUGGCCAUGACGAUCCGGGCGGGAGGCAACGUGCUGGUUCCCUGCUACUCCUCUGGAGUGAUAUACGACCUGCUGGAGUGUCUAUACCAAUUCAUCGAUAGUGCCAACCUGGGAACCACGCCCUUCUACUUCAUCUCUCCCGUAGCCAACAGCUCCCUGGAGUUCUCACAGAUCUUUGCUGAGUGGCUUUGUCAUAAUAAGCAAACUAAGGUGUAUCUUCCUGAGCCUCCUUUCCCACACGCAGAGCUGAUCCAGACCAACAAGCUGAAGCACUAUCCCAGCAUUCACGGCGACUUCAGCAGCGAGUUCCGCCAGCCCUGCGUGGUUUUCACCGGUCACCCCUCACUGCGCUUUGGCGAUGUGGUUCAUUUCAUGGAGCUGUGGGGCAAAUCCAGCCUCAACACUGUCAUCUUUACAGAGCCAGAUUUCUCCUACCUGGAUGCCCUGGCUCCGUACCAGCCAUUAGCCAUGAAAUGUGUUUACUGUCCCAUUGACACUAGGCUCAACUUCCAUCAGGUUUCAAAGCUCCUGAAGGAAGUGCAGCCCCUACAUGUGGUGUGUCCGGAGCAGUACACCCAGCCUCCUCUAACGCAGUCCCACCGUUCGGACCUGAUGCUGGAGCUGCAGCCCCCUCCCAUGCCUUACAGGCGCUGCUCCGUGCUCAACCUGCCCUUCAGGCGGCGCUACGAGCGAGUCUACAUCCUGCCUGAGCUCGCCAACUCACUGGUACCCUCUGAGGUUAAACCCGGCGUCUCCGUGGCAACUGUGUCAGCAGUGCUGCAGUCCAAGGACAACAAGCACACGCUGCAGUCGGUGCCCAAAGCGCCUCCUGUGGCCCCCAGCAAAAAGAGGAAGCGGGUGAUGGAGGAGCCCCCCGUGACAAUGGCGCCCAAACCCCUGCUGAGCGGAGCUGUGCCCCUGGAGGCUUUCCUGGCCACCCUGCAAAAGCACGGGAUCACAGAGGUCAAAGUGGAGGAGACGGCAGACGGACACAUCCUGCACCUGCAGGCCGAGGACACCCUGAUUCAGCUGGAGGAGGACGGGACGCACAUCGUCUGCGACAACAACGAGCCGCUGCGGGCCACGCUCAGAGACCUGGUGCUGCGCUUCCUGCAGAAACUCUGAGCGCGUCCAUCUGGUCUGGUCUCCC